UUGAAUACACCCUAUGACGACAACCCAGUCAGGUGGCUAUUCGGCUUGCGCACCAUGAAUUAAAAUAGUGAAACAUAUCUAGGCGUCCUAUAACGCUAUUAAAUGUAUGCGCAGUCAGACCAGGAACGCUGGCGAUUCACACAAAAGAUUAUCGACAAUGCGCAAAAAUUGCGCAGUUUAGCAGCCUCGAAUACGACGCGUUGAUGUUUUCCGAACACGGAAGUUGAUACAUGCUAAGGUUUUUCGAUUUGUCUGAUUUUGUUUUGGUUAAUGAACGUUAUGUUAUAGUAUUUACAGUGAAAAUGUGUGACAGAUUUCGUAAUAUAUUGUGGAAGUUUUCUAGUUUUGUGCCAGCUUUUGAGUUUACAAGCGGGGUCGGGUUUGUAGUCACGCUAUCUUGUGUCUUGAGCAUCGUCGCGAAUCAUUUCAACAUUUCUGCACAUGCAUUAAGUUUGGAAUCCAGCGUUGUUCUCAAUGGCCAUGGUAAAAUUUUAUUUCACAUGUAAUGAAUGCAUUGUGCAAAGUUCACAAACUUCUCACCUACUGCUUUUACCAUAAGGAUGUGGGACACCUCUUUCUCAGUGCGACUCUGCUUGUGGCGUUCUGCAGUGGACUAGAGAGAGGAGUUGGUACAGUGCGAUUCCUACACCUUUUGCUUUUUCUAGUCACUUCUGUUGGCCUAAUACAUGUUCUUCUGGAGGUGUUGUUAUUUUCUCCAUAUACGAGGAGCACAGUUUCAGGUCUAAUCCCAGUAUCUCUGUCUAUGUUGGGCACGGUGACUAUGAGUUCCCGUGUGAGAAAGGCGUUUCUGCUGGGCUUUACUGUGCCCAGUGCAGUCCUUCCUUGGCUUCUGUUGCUCAUUGUUCAUCUCUUUAUCCCAAAUACUGUAUUAUUAUGCAAUGCUCUGGCCGCAAUCACUGGACAGAUGUAUGGCAUGAAAUGGUUUUCAAUGUUGCAGAUGUCUGAGUCCAAAGCUUGUAUGUUUGAGAAGAUGAUGCCAUUCAGAUUGCUGAAAAAAGUAACAUGUGUGCAUUUUGUCCCGGCAUCUGCAGGGGAGCGUAAAAAAAUCCUGCAUACUAUAUGCAGCCCAUCACCUGGCUCAUACCCUGUUCAGGCUUAUGCUCCAGCAUCUAUGCUUGCUUCUCAGGCAGCAGGAAAUGCUCUAAACAGUGUAGAUGGUUGGUCACAUUCCACCAUUAUCCAACAGAACUUUACAGUACCUUCACUAAACCCUGGCUAUAAUACUGGGCCCAGAUCCAGCCAUGGACACACACAAGGACAUGUCUGUGGCAAUAGCCAUGGACACAGUCAUCAAAAUCAGGCAAGCAAUUUUUGGAUGCCAAAAGCUCAUUAUGCCCAUUCUCAAUUCAGCCCUCCAGAACAUAUGUCUCUAUAGUCUUUUGGUACCUCAUCACACACAACAGCUCAAGCAGAUUCUGUAACAUCUGUCCCUGUGCUGUCUAGUAAGCAGUAUCUACAUGAGGGGAGUAGUACACCCAAAAUCUAAAAUAAAUAGAAUAGUGAUGCUCACCCAUGACAACGGUUGGAGAGCCUUACACAGGUGCAUUGAAGUUAGGUAUAACAAGCCAGCCAAGUAUCAGUGUAACUUUUGAAUGUGUUAUGCUGUACCUUUAGGCUAAUACACUGUGCAUUUAGUAAUUUUACAGUAAAAUAAAUAAAAACAUUUUAAUAAAUCA